AUGAUACUGUCUACUACUAAAAUACGAAAUGGGUAUCCAACCAUCAUACAUAAUUGCAUCUCAAGACGAUAUAUAGCAUAUGGCUAUAAACCAAGAGGUCUAAUGAAACCAAUCCCACCAAAACCCCCAUUAACAUUGAUUCCAAAACGACUAAUACCCAUAAAUAACCUAGAUAUAACCAUUGAUGAAGACAAUGAUACGAUUCAAUUGAAUUCUCCUAUAACUCUAAAACAAGCCUGGAAUUGUUAUUAUGCAUUAGGACAAUGUCAUGUUCGGCCAUCGCAUUGUGACGGGGAUCGAAUACGAAUGAAAUGGGAUUCGAUGACGGAUUUGAUGAGGGAGGACUUUAGGUUGACUUAUGAGAAGUUAUUGAAGUAUGGUAAGGAUGUAUUUGAUAAGAAAUAUGUGGAUCUUAGAUUGGUCUUGAGUCAGAAUGUAUCGGUAUUUAGUGGGGUUAGGUUUUAUGAACGGGAGGGGAAGAUUAUAAUUGAGGAUGGAAUAAAUCUAAGACAUGGUAGGAUAUAUUUUAAUGCUUUGAAUAAUCUUGGAAAUGAUGAUAAAGAUUCUUGGGGAAGACUUCCAUAUGAAGACAAGGUUGAAUAUUUGGAUGCGUAUCGUAAAUUAUUAUCUUCCGGGAGGGAUUUAUACCAAGGUAAGAUCGUACCCGUUACAAUCCCCCCAAUUGAGAAUACCGAUGCUCCAUAUACAGAAACAGAACCAGAGCCAGAGCCAGUACCGGAAGUGGAAAUUGAGAUCAAGAAAGGUAAUAUAAAUAAAAGCUUGUUCUGUAGUUUUUAUGUUUCAUUAAAACGGCCAUUUUUUUUACCAUUCGGACAACCUAAUGUUGACCAUCUAGGUCAAUGUGAAUUUCAAACACUCUCAACAGAACAAUUGGAUUAUUAUUUAAAUAUAUAUCUUGAUUGGAAAGCAAAAACAAAACCAAAACCAAAACCAAAACCCAAGAAGCAUAUAAAAUUAGAGUUUAAAUUAUCUGGAGAUACGGCUACAGUUAUAGGCGAACCUAGUUAUAAACAAGUUCAUCGCUAUUUUAGAUUCGUUAAGUCAGGAGAAGUACAUUUGUCGAAAACACCCAAUAAAGCUAAAAUUGAUGCUAUUGAUAAACAAUGGAUGAAGAUGUCAUCAGAGGAAAGGAAUGAAUAUAAAUUGCAGUAUAUGAAAUUAUUAGAAGGUGGUUGGACAUUGCAUCGCAUGAAAUUAAUCCCAAUUCGAGAAAAAAUCGAAGCUUUGGAAAGGUACCGUAUACAAAGAAUGUGGGGAGCAGUUAGGUGGUAUCAUUUCUUAAAAUUAAAGUUGAAAUCGGGAAGUAUCAAUGGUAGUGAUACGUCAAAUUCGGUCUUUGAUAAGUUAUACACAGAAUGGAAAAUGUUAACUAAUCGAGAAAAACAAUUAAUCCAAAAAGAACUCGAAUCCCUAGUCCUUUCUGAAACCAAUGAAUUUCAAUCACCAGAAAUUGCUCGACAUGUAUUUUCCUUAAGACAAAAAGGAGUUUUCCAAGAAUCAAAAUCGUAA